AUGCGAGCGAGGCGGUAUGGGUACUUUGGUCGCAAGUAUACUACACGUAUAGGAAUGAAUGUCUUGGGUGAUGUAAGCUAGCCCUGGAUGUGUGCUAUGACAGUAACUCUUUCCUGUCUCGCACUGUCCCAAGCACGCCUCGCCCACCCUUUCUCCGAAUCCUCAUGGUGGCCACAACCUCCAGAUUUGCUCCUUGCUCGCUGCCAUCCUCCCCCCCCCUUUCAGCUACCGAAUAACCGCAUACUCAGCUACGACCGUCUCGAUUUGCUUCUUGUCCAUCUGGAGCUGGCAGGAAGAGAUGCCUCCCUCCCUGGGCCCCUCCCUAGGUCCCUCCCCAGGCUGGGACUUGGGUUCCUGGGUCACUCUCGUUUUGUUCCCUGUAACUGCCCGCCCGUCUGGUCAAUCUAUAUUAUUUUCUCUUAAUCCGCGACGACAAUUGCUUUUUGUCACGCAUUGAUCGCUUUCCGAAGCUCUGACACCCUGGCUGGAUUGGGAGGGGUCUCGAUUACUUAAAGGCCCCCUCCUCCGUGUGGCGCUGGUUACCCAUUGAGACCGGACCAUCCCUCGGGCGUCUCCCGAACCUGGGUGUACAAACGUAUGACAUACCAGUACAUCGGUAGGUACCUCCGCUCAUACCAUUAGGUGCCUGGCGAUGCGGUAUC